CUAUAAAUAGGCGUGUUAUCAGAAAUAGGUUUUAGUUGUUGCAUGUAGCCUACUACCAUGAUGUCUCGGGUUGUGUGUAUCGGACUGGGUCUCUUGGUUGUGUUAGGCUUCUUCGAAGUUGAUGCAGCUCCUCAUCACGGUGGUGGUAGCUUCAGCCAAGCCAGUGCUCAAUCAUCAAGCGGCGGCUUCGGCGGAGGUCCCGGUUUUGGCGGCCCUUCUGCCCGUGGCCCUAGCAUAGGAGGUCCUGGCUUUGGAGGCCCAGGCUUUGGCGGCCCUUCUGCCCGAGGGUACAACUCUGGUGGUCCAGGAUUUGGUGGCCCCCCUGCCAAUUACGGACGCCCUGGCUUCGGUGGCUCUGGUGGAAGUGGACCUACUAUCAAUAUCUCGAAGAGUGUCAGCAUCAGCACAGGCGGUGGUAGUUCUCAAUCGCAAGCCAGCUCGGCUGCAAGAUCCGGUUGAAAGUGAUUUUAAGACUUUAUAAAAUACUGUUCUUGUGAUUUUUUAUUGAUUGAAUAAUGUUAAUAGUUAUGUUAAUAGAAUAGUUUUGGUUAAUAAAGCUGGAAAAUUGAAGUCAUAUUAUAAUAAAAU